AUGAGUACCAAUAUUCGGCCCAUACCUAAUUCCCAUAACUGUUCUCAGGGCCUUUUGGAACGCCUGGAUGCGGGAGAGAUUGUGAUCGGAGAUGGCGGCUUUGUAUUUGCCCUGGAGAAGAGAGGCUUUGUCAAAGCUGGGCCCUGGACACCAGAAGCUGCAGUAGAGCAUCCUGAGGCAGUGCGACAACUACAUAGGGAGUUCCUCCGAGCUGGGGCAAAUGUCAUGCAGACCUUUACUUUCUAUGCCAGUGAUGACAAGCUGGAGAACAGGGGCAACUAUGUAGCAGCGAAGAUCUCAGGCCAGAAGGUCAAUGAAGCUGCCUGUGAUAUAGCACGGGAGGUGGCAAAUGAAGGUGAUGCCCUGGUGGCAGGUGGGGUUAGCCAAACUCCAUCGUAUCUCAGCUGUAAGAGUGAAUCUGACGUGAAAUCAAUAUUCCGAAAACAACUUGACGUCUUUGUUAAGAAAAAUGUUGAUUUUCUCAUUGCUGAGUACUUUGAGCAUGUGGAGGAGGCAGUGUGGGCUGUGGAGGUCCUGAAAGAAGCAGGAAAGCCAGUGGCUGCUACAUUAUGUAUUGGACCAGAAGGAGACAUGAAUGGGGUUCCUCCAGGGCAGUGUGCAGUCAGACUGGCAAAAGCUGGUGCCUCUGUUGUUGGGGUUAAUUGCCACUUUGACCCAAUGACCUGUGUUGCAACCGUGAAGCUCAUGAAGGAAGGUUUGACUGCUGCCAAUGUGAAGGCACAUCUGAUGACCCAACCACUUGCAUAUCAUACACCUGACUGUGGCAAACAAGGUUUUAUUGACCUGCCAGAGUUCCCCUUUGCUUUGGAACCAAGAAUUGUGACAAGGUGGGACAUACACAAGUAUGCUCGGGCAGCUUAUAAUCUUGGAGUGAGAUACAUUGGUGGCUGCUGUGGAUUUGAACCUUACCACACUAGGGCAAUAGCCGAAGAACUGGCACCAGAAAGAGGCUUCUUACCCCAGGGUUCAGAGAAGCAUGGCAGCUGGGGAGGUGGUCUGGACAUGCAUACCAAACCUUGGGUCCGAGCAAGGGCCAGACGAGACUUUUGGGAGAACUUGCAUCCAGCCUCUGGAAGACCAUAUUGCCCGUCAAUGUCAAAGCCUGAUGCCUGGGGAGUGAGCAAAGGAGAUACAGAGCUGAUGCAGCAGAAAGAGGCGACCACUGAAGAACAGCUGAAAGUGCUAUUUGGAAAAUCCUUCAAAUCCAAGUAG